UGUAUGAUAUGAUAGUAUGCGUGUGCAGGGGGUGAGAGAGGAAGCUAUUACUUUGAAAGAUAAUAUGCAGGGAAUGUUGAUAAAGGAAGAGAUUGAAAUUACGAAUUGCAGCAAAGAGCGACACGCCGUUCUCGAGGAAUACAGGGAGCGCGUGUUAGAACGAAAGACGGAACUCGAGCGUUUGGAAAAGAUGAUAUUCCAUUCGCGUCCGCGGGACGAUUUCGACUCGCGCGGGAAAAGCCACGGAGGCACGGAGGACGCGAGCAAGGACGAAGUGACGCGGUUGGAAGAGACGUUCGCCAAACUUCGCAGCGCGACCGGAGUGUCGAGAACCGAGGACGUUCUGAACCGGUUUCUGGGUCAGCGGGCGACCAAGGAUAAUCUGGAGAAAAUGCGGGUGGCCACGGAGGAAGAGAAAACGAAGUUGGAAAAGCAAAGGCAACGGCUCGUGGACGAGAUGGAAACGAGAAAAUUCUCCGAGACGAGGAACGCGGAACAAAACGCGGAAGAGAUGGAAAAACUGAAUUGUCAGAUCGGCGAGCAACGAUCGCGCCAAUUAAAGGCAGAUACCGAGAAACGAAGAGUGGAGGAUCUGCUGCAAGAAAUAACUAUGACGUUAUGGAAUGUGUGCAACAAAUUUCGAGAUAUAAUCGAUACGUUGCCUGAAGAAUCAAAGAAAAUUCAAAAUCCUCUGCAACUUAUAGAUUUAAUAAAUGAAAAAGCAACGAGUAUUAUUGAAUCUCUAGGAGGACCGGAUAAAUAUUUGGAAAUAUUGGAUGAAAUAUCAGUUGAUAAGUUGGAAACAAUAUCGAUUGCAACUACUUCGGUAGAAGGAAAAGCAACACGUACAAAUGAAGGACCACUUUUUCCACGAUUUCCAUCUUCAGCAACUCCGGCGACAUUGCUUUCCGAAGAUGAAGAAGAUAUACCAACUAGAAAUAAUCUUAAAAAACAGGCACAACAAUUGGUUGAUAUUAAAAGUCGUCGAAAAGGAUUUACAUUUAAAAGAUGAAUUUUCUAAUAAUAAAUUAAUCUCAUUUUGUACAAAUAAUUC